GGAAGGCGGUUCCCUGUUCCCUGCCUGACUUAGCACCGCCAAGUGCCUCCAGAAGCGCUCCGGGAGCCGCGGCUGCAGCCGUGCAGGGGGAGGAGGGCCGGGCAGGCACUGCAGCAGGGCAGAGGAUGUUACUUAACGUGGCUCCAGUCUCCUCCCCCUCGCCGCUGUGGCUGGGGGAAGGGGGGAGCGGGCUGGAGGGAAGGGACAAGCGGCGGGGGUGAUGCCCAGAGCCCCCCGAGCCCAGCCCGCCCGCCGCAGCCGGUCCCAGCCGCGGCUGCCUCCGCUGGGAGCCUCCCCUGAGCUCCGGAGGGGCAGCUCGGGCUCCGAGCGCCGGGCAGAGGCGGAGAAGGAGCUUUUCCAGCCCUCCGGCAUCCCCGGUGCCCUGGCAGAGGCUGCGCUGGAAGGACGGAGGCUCCGCAUCCCGGCCUGGGAAAACUCCCGUGCCCCCGGGGGAGAUGAGCCCGGGCUCACGGACAGGGGAGCAGCCGGGUUUGGACAUCUCGGGAGAAGAAAAGAGCCUCGUGCCUUUGCUGUGAGCACGGCAGACACCUCCGAAGGGGCCGAGCCCAGCAGUGCCUGGUGCUAAUUCGUGCCUGAAGCCGCUGGAGCUGCCCAGGACCCACGGGAACCUCCCGGGAGGGGCGCAGCCCUUUGGGUUUCUCAAUGAAAAUACCGAUGAUAUAAAACGCGGGCCAUCAUCCUCUCCCUUGAGAAGAGGGAAAAGAGCAGCCUGGCAUCUCGGGAAGAGGCACCACCAUCCCUCCCUGGGUGUCUCCUGAGGAUCGGGGGGGGACAGGAGGUGUCGGAGCUGGGGGCUCUGCUCCAUGACCAACACUCGGGACCGCAGGGCAGCCAUGGACUCCCCUCCUCUCACCUCCAGCCCUCCUGCAGGGCCCGUCACCUUCUCCCAGGUUUUUGGGCAGCAGUGCCAGCUCAUGGAAGCAGCUGUUGAAUCGCUGCAUUCCUUGAAUGACCAGAUCUCCCAUUUCAUCGUCAACAAGUCAAAAACCCUGGAUGAGGAUGAAGAUGCCUUUUUGCCCAGUGAGAAGGAAUCUCUGAAAAGUGCCAUGGUGCUGAUGAGACACCUCCUGAUGGAUGCACAGGCUGUAAGCUUAGCUCCUUCCAAGGAAAGCAACCAUGCUAAAUACAUCCCAUUCGAUUUCAUCUGCACAGAGUUUUGGCAAACCACAGAUUUGCUCUGGACUCCUAUUUUUCCCUGCAAGGAGAUGAAUUCACUGGCUGCAAGACCCUGUCACCACUUCAGAUCUGUUCUUCCUUCUGGGAAAAGGUGUCUUUUAUCCAUUGCACAAAUUUAAGGAUGUAAUUUAAUUCCCAUCUUCCUCAUUUAUCUGUGAGUUGGGAAUAAUAUUUGCCUACUUCACAGUGAUCGUGUGAGACUCUUCAUUCAUUAAUGUGUAAAAGCUUUGAGAUCCUUAGGAUGAAAAUCACUUUAAAAGAUGCUGUUAAUAAUAAAUAUCAAGUAAUGCACCUUGGUACCUCUUAGCAAUAAUUGGUGCUAUCAUUCCUGCCCAACUCUUCCAUGAAUUAAAAGGCUUUGAAUGGAACUGGAACCACGAAUGGGAUUGGGACCAAUUAACACGUAAUCAUAUGUCAGUUUUUAUAUCCUUAGCAUUCCUGUCAUGGGACUCCCGGGAAAAUCUCCAUGGAUUUUAAUGGUGCAAUGUCAGAAUUCAACCCCAGACGUGUUUGUGGGAUAAUUGCUGGAUAACCUGAGUUCUUCUGGUAACUUGGUUGCUUAGUGAUUAAGCUAAAGGCAAAAGUAUGCUGGUUUAAUAUUAACACAAAUGGAAUUAGCCACCCUUUCUAUGAGUUAAAUGUUACAGGAAAAUUCUCAUUAUAAGGAAACCAUGAUUUUAUUUUUUUUUUCCUUUUGAUAUAUAGAUUUAAUUAAGUAUUUUGUUGAUAGUUUUUGACCUGCUCUUUGUACUUAACCUCCACUCCAGCAUGUGGAGACUGGCUUUUAUGGAAAAGCCAAUAAUUUGCUGCUCAGUCACCCAGCUCAUACUUUUACGAGAUUCCAAGCACACAGCACUCACCCUCCUAAACAGAGAGGCUCUGAAUGUGCAUCCCAAGGAAAUAAAGAGCUCACAUAAAGAAAUUGCCUGAUCUUCCAAAGGUAUCAACAUUAUUUCUAUGGAAGGGGAGAGCACCAAACCUCGGAAUGACGCGUGGGAUGGAGCCAGGACAAAGGACAGAGUGAAUCAACACCAUGAGAAAGCUGGUGGGGAUUGACAGCAAAAUGUUCCCUUUAUUAGGGAACUUAGGAGCAGCCUCUUGAUCCUGGCCAGGAGUGAAUUGUGUGCUGUGAACGUUGCUGGUGCCACAUGGGGGAGAUGUUGAAGAAGAGCUGGAUCGCUCCACUCUGGCACAGCGACUUCCCAGGGAAGAGCAGCCCGAGGGGUUUAGGAGCCUGAUUCCUUUCAGCUUCCCUCCCAUAGGAUAAGUAUAUAAAUAUCCUGUAUAAAAGUAUAUAAAUAUCCUGUAUGAAAAUAUCCUGUAUAAAAGGGAUCUGUGCAAACCACUUGAAAAAUUAUCCCUCUCAGCUUCAGGGCGCGUCCAACAUCUUCCAUAAAAGCCAAAGGUGCUUUUAUAAGCAAGACCAUGAAGUGAUGAAGGGAGAUAAAAUCAGAAGUGAUGCAGUCCUUUGUGUUAGCACCACUGCAGCUCUCCCCCUCUUGCCUGGCAAGCUGGGUUUGGGGAGGGAUGGUUUGGAGGAGCUGAGGGAGUCUGGCUGGCAUGGGCAGCACUUAGCAGGAUUUCUUGCUGCUGUUCCCUAAUACCCAAAAAAUGAGGAUAAGCUCAUACAAGCGUGAUUUACUCAGGCCCACUGGCCAUCUUCCUUGUUUCUUCUUAGAAUAAUGCUUUUCACACUGCAAAUUAGUGGUUAAUGCUUAUUUAUGCAUGAGAAAUCUCCACAGAAAUGGCUAUAGGGAAAGUAUCUGUACUGUGUGAAAGCCAAAAAAGUAAGAUUGACUUUUUGAAUUAUCUUUCCAAUGCCAAUUUUUUUUUUCCCCUGCAAUGGUUUAAAGAGAUAUUAAUUCUAGGACCCUGAUAUGUUUUAUAAUAUUCUAGCAGCCAGGUUAACAGGUAGAACCAGUACUUUUGUAACAGGGGUGAGCUGUGAAGCUGGGUUACGUAGCCUGGGGGAGUCAAGAGGUCUUCAUUUUUCAGCUUAAAAAAAAAAGAAAGAAAAGGAAAAAGUACAAACACACAGCACAAACCCCAAAAGCUGAAGUGCUGCCCCCUUUGAACACGGGCUCCAGCUGACUCCAGGGGAACUCUGGCUCCUCUUUCAAGCAUGACCUUCCCUUUCUGCCCACUGACAGCCAGAGGCUGCAAGAAUAUAGCAACUUUUUCCUCUCUGUCUUUCUGCAUAGAGGAAUUCAAAAUCACUGCAUGAUGUGUGCCCCAAUUAAUAUUCCCUGAUUGUUUCCCUUUCCCUUCCAAAUGAUGUCAGUCUCCAUUAUUUUUGGCAUAAUGGUAGUGAGAGGAAUGUCUGUUUUUCAGUAAUAUUUUAUCUCUCAUUUUUGUGUUCCCAGCAAUCUCUGCUCAUCUCAGGAUUCUUCUUUUUCUUUUCAUCCUCUUGCUUUUGACUUAUAUUGUAAAAGACCUACAGUAAAAUAAUAAAAACUGUCUUAAUCUAUCACUACUCAGUUUGUACAUUAUUAAUAAUGAAGGCAG